AUGGGCUUUCUGGCACAUGUGUUUGACUUUAUUGGCUCGUCGGUCAAGACCUCUAUUGCUUCGAUCACAAGCUCGGAGGAGGCCAAUGCUGAGCUGGCGGCGGCGGCGGUGGUGGCGGCCGAGUCUGCGGUCGGCCCGCCGGUAGCGCCGUCAAAGCGUGCUACUAUUCCGGCGGCCAAGGUGUCGCCCGGGCCUACAGUGCCGGGUGUGGUAGCGGUUCAGACGCCGGCUGUGGCCAAGGCUGUGACAGCGCCGGCGGCCUCGACGGCUGCGCCCAUGGUGACCGGGUCGUCGUCGGGCGAAGCUGCGAUGGUGGUGGCCAAGGACCCAUUCCUGGACGCGCUGCUGGACAAGCAUCUCGAUGGAAUCACGCCAGAGCAGGCAUCGCGGUACUCGCAGAUUCUGAUGCAUUCGGCACAGCGCAACUCGCGCGGCGGCGGAGGCAUGGCCUCGUCGUCGGCUGCAGCAGUGGCUGCGCUGCCGAUGGCGACGCCGCUGACGACGACGCCGUUCCGGUUUGGCGCCAACGCCCCGUUUGGGUCGGGCAUGCCGUCGACCAUCAAGCCGAACCGCACGCUGUUCUCCACAUCGGGCUUUUCGCUUCUGCCGGAGACGCCGCGCGAGAGCGGUCGCGGGCUGUCGAUGGAUACGCUGGCCAGCAACAGCAAGGCCAGUGCUAGAAAGGUUGGGCGCAAGCGGGAGCGGUCGCCGUCGGGCUCGCCCCAGGCCGCGCCUCAGUCGGCCGGCGCUCCGGCGUCGCAGCCGCUCACCCUUGACGACGUCCGCCACCGGACGGCGAUUAUUUCCGGAUCGCGUCCAGCUAAGCGUGUUCGGCUGAUGAACAAGAAAGCUGCGCCGGGAGGCGACGCCCGGGUCCGCCGCCGUGCCACUGCCGCGCCGGCGUCGUCGACCGCUCGGCACAUCCUCAGCACGCUCUCGACGCCGCUCAACGACGCGCGGCGGUCUGCGCGCGCCAAGCCGCUGGCUCCGACCUCGACUACUUCGCCACUGAUCACCCGCCGCCGCGCGCUGCUCCGCCGUCAGUCGUCGCUGCUGGCCACCAAGUCGGCAGCGUCGCUCAAGCGGACCCGUGACAACACCGACCAGGACGAAUCACAGUCGGCCACGACGCCGGCCACCAAGCGCGCCAAACUCCGCGCCAACGACGUCGACUCUGAUGCGGUCCAUUCGUUCUCGUCAAAGCAGUUUGCAGCUGAGGCGAGUGCGGCGCCGACGCAAGCCGCUCCGGCCAAGGCCGAGCCUGCCAAGGCGGCGCCGGCUAAGACCGGCUUUAGCAUCUCGAGCAUGGCUUCCAAGAAGAAGCCGGCCAGCUCUGGUUUCUCGAUGCCCAAGUCGACCAAGAGCGACGCGGCCAAGCCCAAGUCGUCGGGCGGGCCGUCGUUCUCCAUUUCCGCGCUGGCCAAGAAGCCCAAGCCUGCGGCCGACAAGGCCGGCGCUUCGUCGGACGAGACUUGGAAGUGCAUGGCGUGCACGAUGGACAACAAGAAGGGCAUUGCGGCGUGUGCCACGUGUACGACGCCGAACCCGGCUGCAAAGAAGAACAAGCUCGCCGGGUGGGGCAAGCCUGCCCCGGCCAAGGCUGCCGACGACAAGGCCGGCGCUUCGUCGGACGAGACUUGGAAGUGCAUGGCGUGCACGAUGGACAACAAGAAGGGCAUUGCGGCGUGUGCCACGUGUACGACGCCGAACCCGGCUGCAAAGAAGAACAAGCUCGCCGGGUGGGGCAAGCCUGCCCCGGCCAAGGCUGCCGACGACAAGGCCGGCGCUUCGUCGGACGAGACUUGGAAGUGCAUGGCGUGCACGAUGGACAACAAGAAGGGCAUUGCGGCGUGUGCCACGUGUACGACGCCGAACCCGGCUGCAAAGAAGAACAAGCUCGCCGGGUGGGGCAAGCCUGCCCCGGCCAAGGCUGCCGACGACAAGGCCGGCGCUUCGUCGGACGAGACUUGGAAGUGCAUGGCGUGCACGAUGGACAACAAGAAGGGCAUUGCGGCGUGCGCCACGUGUACGACGCCGAACCCGGCUGCAAAGAAGAACAAGCUCGCCGGGUGGGGCAAGCCUGCUCCGGGCAAGACCGAGAGCAAGACCGAGGACAAUGUCGAGGUCAAGGCGGAGAGCAAGGCCAAGGGCGAUGGCUCGAUCACGUCCCAGUUUUCGUUCGGCUCCAAGACGGCUCCAAGACGAUGA